GGGGGAAAAAAAAAGUGUUGGGUCGAAUGGGCCAACAGUUCGAUCCGUGCACACAGGAUUAGGAAUUUACGUUCCUUCAAAUCCCCCUAUAAAAAUCUUCACUUUCUCAGUCACCAUGCUGCUCUGCAGCCGAGCAAAAGAAACAAAAAAUAAAAAAAUACAGCAAUCGAGGAAUAUAGUGGAAGAAAAUGCUGCUGAGAAGCUCCUCGUCGCCCAUCUUGAACUCAGUGCGCCACAAGUCAACGUCCGGGUCGGGUUUGCCGCCGGAGCCCGACGCACUGCCCCAGCUGCCCAGGACCCGAUCUUUCUGCCUGACGAUGUCGUCUGAGGACGGCGCCGGGCGGAGUACUCCGACCCGGGUUUCGUUCGACUCGGAUCUCAGAGAUCCGUGUAGGCCCAAUAAGUGCCUGAGGCUGCCCACGAGCCCCAGGCCCGCGAAAAUCAAGGAGAGAAGGGAACACGAUCUGGGGCCCGCAUUUUUAACGACCUCGGGGCUUGGAUCGGCGGCGGCGGCGUCGGCGGCGGAGGAGUGUGUGGUGGAGUCACCGGAGACGCUGGUGGGGGGGGGAGGAGUCGGCGCCGGUGGGCGUGGGGGGAUGUGCGGUGGCGGUGGACGGGGCUCCGAUGAUAGAUCGGGCCCGGGCCAUCAACGUGGGCCCGAGAGCACGGAUAUGUACUACGAGACGAUGAUACAGGCUAAUCCCGGGAACCCUCUUUUGCUUGCAAAUUAUGCUAAAUUCUUGAAAGAGGUUAAGGGAGAUUUUGCAAAGGCAGAGGAGUACUGUGGAAGGGCAAUUCUGGCAAACCCGAAUGAUGGGAGUAUGUUAUCACUCUAUGCUGAUCUAAUAUGGAAAACACAACAGGAUUAUGAAAGAGCUAAGGAUUAUUUUCAUCAAGCUGUUAAAGCCGACCCCAAUGACUGUUUUGUUGUGGCUUCAUAUGCUUUCUUCUUGUGGGCUAACGAGGAUGACGAGGCAGAGGAAUACGAGGUAAAGACGCAGUACGGGACAGAGUCGAAUCAUACUAAUAAUUCACCUCCUAUGUUCUUCCAAGAAAAUACUAACCGGCCUACUCUUGCUACAGCUUCGUAAAUCUUUAGAUUUAAUAAUUCCCUUGUUUUCCCCUAGUAAUAGCUUCUGAGUUUGUUGUAAAGACGAUAUAAAAAUAACGGGCAGUAGUUUUGCUAACACAUGUAACAAGUUUUGCCUUUUGGUGUGAUGAUCUUCUGUGUAUUACCAAAGAAAAUAAAAAUAUCAAGAUCCUGACUAACUGCUAUCUAUAUCUAGUUGUUCUAUAUCAAUAAAUGGGCAUAUUUGGCUUUUUUUCUUGGAUCUUUUUGUUCUGGCACGUGAAGGUGAUGUUUGUGUUGAUAAGUGGUUUAUCGGCCUCUUGGAAUCUGCAGGGGACAGUGGAAAUAUGUUUGGUUAUCUGUUUUGAUUUGUUGUUGAUUUUCUGGAUGCAAUGUCACUGUUUGCUUGAUCAUUGAAUUGAGUGCGUGGUAAAUUUGAGCUAAAAAGUUGUUGGGUCCCAAUAGAGGGAUAUUGGAAAUUCUUAGCCUUGCAGCAAGUUCCCUGCCAUAUUUGGUUCUUUAGAGCUUCAAUAAUGCUUUGAGUUCAAUUUUA